AUGGACGGCCUACAAUUGCGCGAUGAGGCCGUCAGAGACCGCAUUCGCGCGGCUGAGGAGUUCCUCGAUCCACAGGACCCUCGCGCGCGAAGUUACCAAGCAGAGAUUUUGCUCAUGCUCAAUCGCGGCUUGCGACGACUGACAGUGAGCAUCGAUGAGAUCCGCUCCCACAGCAGAGAAAUGGCCGAGGGCCUGCUGAACCAACCCUUCGAUUACUCGCAAGCCUUCGAUCGCGCUCUCUUCAACAUCGUUCAGACUCUACGAAAUCGAUCCACACAACAUGUCGACGAGGAAGCGAUGUACUACUGCGCGUAUGUGGGCAGCUUCGGCGAAUAUGCGUGCAACCCGAGAACAUUGGCUUCGAGCUAUCUGAACCACAUGGUUUCGCUGGAGGGCAUUGUCACCAAGUGCUCUUUGGUGCGACCAAAGGUUGUAAAAAGUGUGCAUUGGAACGAGCGGAAAUCGACAUUCCACUUUCGAGAAUACAGAGAUCAGACGAUGACUGCAAACGGUGCGGCGAGCACGAGCGUAUACCCCACAGAAGACGGCGAGGGCAAUCCUUUGGUAACAGAGUACGGAUACUGCACAUACCGGGAUCACCAGACGAUCUCAAUCCAAGAAAUGCCAGAGCGAGCUCCGGCUGGACAAUUGCCUCGAGGUGUGGAUGUCAUCAUGGACGACGAUAUGGUGGACCGCGUGAAGCCCGGAGACAGAAUACAGCUGGUUGGAAUCUACCGAUCGCUUGGAAACCGCAAUGCAGGACAAGGCAGCUCGACUUUCAAGACGCUCAUCCUUGCGAAUAAUGUGAUUCUGCUCUCCUCGAAAUCAGGCGGCGGUAUCGCACAGCAACCCAUCACCGAUCAGGACAUCAGAAAUAUCAACAAAAUUUCGAAGCAGCGAAGGGUCUUCGAUCUGCUCUCGCAGUCGCUUGCUCCCAGUAUCUACGGUCACGACUACAUCAAGAAGGCCAUUCUGCUCAUGCUUCUCGGCGGUAUGGAGAAGAACCUAGACAACGGCACCCAUCUUCGUGGUGACAUCAACAUUUUGAUGGUCGGAGACCCAUCCACAGCCAAGUCGCAACUCCUGCGUUUCGUUCUUAACACAGCACCAUUGGCCAUUGCUACCACCGGUCGUGGUUCCUCUGGCGUCGGUUUGACCGCAGCCGUCACACAAGACAAAGAGACAGGCGAGCGCCGACUAGAAGCAGGAGCCAUGGUGUUGGCAGAUCGUGGUGUGGUGUGUAUCGACGAGUUCGACAAGAUGUCCGAUGUCGAUCGUGUGGCCAUCCACGAAGUCAUGGAACAGCAGACCGUCACGAUCGCAAAGGCUGGUAUUCACACUUCGCUCAAUGCUCGCUGCUCGGUCGUUGCAGCAGCAAAUCCCAUCUACGGCCAGUACGACACCCACAAGGAUCCUCACAAGAACAUCGCUCUUCCCGACUCUCUUCUCUCCCGUUUCGAUCUACUGUUCGUGGUGACGGAUGACAUUGAAGACGUCCGCGAUCGACAAGUCUCAGAGCAUGUCCUCCGCAUGCAUCGCUACCGCCAGCCUGGCACCGAAGAAGGCGCUCCGGUCCGCGAGCAGCUCAACCAGACUCUUGGUGUCGGUCUCGAAGAUGAGGGCGAAGCCAACAAGCCAAGCGAAGUGUACGAAAAAUUCAACGCCAUGCUGCACUCUGGUGUGACCAUCACCGUCGGUCGUGGCGCCAACCGCCGAGUCGAAGUGCUCAGCAUCCCCUUUGUGAAGAAGUACAUUCAAUACGCCAAGUCAAGGAUGAAGCCAAUCUUGACCAAGGGUGCCGCGGACCACAUUGUCGCGACGUAUAGCGCGCUGCGGAACGACGACAUGGAGGGCAAUCAACGCAAGACUUCUCCUAUGACCGCUCGUACUCUGGAGACACUCAUUCGUCUGGCUUCAGCACACGCCAAGUCUCGACUGUCGCAGCGUGUGGAGGAGAAGGACGCCGAGGUCGCAGAAGGUGUUCUGCGAUUCGCUCUGUUCAAAGAAGUCGUCGAAGACGAAUCUCGCAAGCGCAAGAAGGCACGUCGGUCUCCAGACCCAGACGCUAUGUCCACAGACGACUCAGAGGAGAGCGACGACGAUGGCGAUGGCGAUGGUGCUUUCAGAGCCUCCGUCAAUGCUCGAUCGACGCGCACACCCGCUCGCAGCACACGCAGCGCACCAAACGGCAACUCGCGUGGUGGAGCCGAAGACGACGAUGAAGAUGAGAACGAAGAAGAAGACCUGUACACAUCCACACCUGCCCGCGGCUCAAGAACCACGACCCAACGAACCAACGGCGCCAACAACUCGAGUCAAAUCAGCAUGGCGUCCUCCAAACCCGCCUCCCAACUUUUGCAAGACGAUUCACAAGAGCAAGCAGCCACUCCAGGGGUCGAAGAUGAGGAGUCAGAAGAAGAAGCGGCCGCCUCGACACCCGCCAUCACAGCUCCGCGUCUACAAGCUUUCCAGACUGCUUUGGGCCAACUUAUUGAUGGCCCUCUCUUCGCCAACGACGCGGCGGACGUGGAACCAUUGGUCGCGGCUGUGAACGCGAGACUGAGGAGUGGAGAGGCGAGAUUUGAAGAGGCGGAGGCGGAGAAGGCGUUGGAGAUGUUGCAUGAGAGGAAUAAGAUCAUGUUGAGUGGAGGAAUUGUUUAUAAGAUUUGA